AUGCUAGCACGGCGCAAGUGCUUCCAGGGUGUUAUUGUAGGGCGUCUAUUGCGGUCUACAUAUGGUAUUUUUCAUCGGGUGGCGGUGCAUCUGAAUGUACAUUCAAUUGCAACUCGUCCCAUGUCUUUAUAUUCUUCUAUUCCUUUUUCUAGCGAGCUGCGCAAGCGUGUAAAGAUCUCACCAUUGGCUCCUUCUUAUGAUCCUACAGUUGUAGAGCAAGACUGGCAAGACUAUUGGCAAAAAGUAUUAUGUACGAAUAUACAGAAUAAGAGCAUUGCUACGAAUAAGGCGUUUACGAUGCUCCUGCCACCACCUAAUGUGACUGGCGCUCUACACAUUGGCCAUGCACUGACCAUCACUAUUCAAGAUGCAAUUGCCCGAUGGCAUCGUAUGCGAGGCUUUGACGUCCAGUGGCUGCCUGGAUUGGACCAUGCCGGUAUUGCAACUCAAAGUGUUGUAGAACGAAAGCUUUAUAAGGAGAAGGGUUUGUCCCGUCAUGAUUUAGGACGAGAGGCUUUUAUCAAGGAAGUGUGGCAAUGGAACGAGCAAUAUGGAGGCAAGAUUAUGGACCAAAUUGAUCGUUUAGGUGCAAUUGUAACAAAAUCAAAGCCGUAUUUUACACUGGAUGAGAAACGAUCUGAAGCGGUGGUGGACGCAUUUGUUAAAUUAUAUGAAAAGGGACUGAUUUAUCGACGAAGGAGCAUGGUAAAUUGGUGUCCGACGCUGCAGACAGCAAUUUCAGAUAUUGAGGUGGAUUCCGAAGAGAUGAAAAAAGCGACGAAGAAAAUGCUGCCAGGUAGGAAGAAACCCGUAGAGUUUGGUGUCAUGCAUCGAUUUCGGUAUCAAGUUGCAGACUCGGACGAGUUCUUGGAGGUGGAUACGACGAGACCUGAAACGAUUUUUGGGGACGUUGCGCUGGCGGUGCACCCCAGUGACUCGAGGUAUACACGCUUCCACGGAAAAUGUGUGAUUCAUCCAUUUUCACGUGAACGAAUUCCGAUCGUCACGGACGAUGGGCUGGUCAAUAUGGAGCUUGGCACUGGUGUUGUAAAGGUUACUCCGGCGCACGAUUCAAAGGACUUUGAGUGUGGCUGUCGUCACGAUCUACCUUUGAGUGAAGUGAUAGACAAAGACGGAAAAUUAUGUGGCAACGUCGACCAGCAAUUUAUUGGUAUGGAUAGGUUUAAUGCACGCCAACGUGUUGUCGAAGAGCUAAAGCGAAUGGGUCUCUACGUGGAGAAGCUUGACCACCCAACUGCAAUAUCGAUCUGCUCACGUUCAGGAGAUGUCAUCGAGCCGCUGCUUAUGCCACAAUGGUAUGUGGAUUGCAGUACUAUGGCUCAGCGCUCAGCUGAUAAUGUGCGCACUGGAGUAAUGACUAUCAAGCCAAAAUCGCACCAGCAUACAUGGUUUUUCUUUCUAGACAACAUUCAAGACUGGUGUGUAAGCCGCCAGCUCUGGUGGGGUCAUCGCAUUCCGGCGUAUCGUGUGAAACCUGGAGUCACAAGUGCUUCUAAAGCAAGCGAUGAUUGGUUCGUCGCGGCUUCUGUCGGUGAGGCUCGACAGAAGGCUGAGGCUGAAUUAGGGUGUACGCUGCAGGACGAAGACAUGGAGCAAGAUGCGGAUGUGCUUGACACUUGGUUCAGCUCGGCUUUACUUCCAUUAUCAGCUUUUGGAUGGCCUCACAUUGGCAAUGAUGGUGCUGCUGUACAGGAUUGUAGCUACCCACUGGAUGUAAUGGAGACUGGUUCUGAUAUUUUAUUCUUUUGGGUAGCGCGUAUGGCAAUGUUAUGUGAAGAGUUGUCAGGGCGUGUACCAUUCAAAAAAGUGCUGUUGCAUCCAAUGGUGCGUGAUAAGGCUGGCCGAAAGAUGUCAAAGAGCUUGGGUAAUGUGAUUGAUCCACUGUAUGUAAUCAAUGGCAUCAGUCUGGAUCAACUACUCUUGGACUUACAGGGUGGAAAUGUCGGACCGCAUGAAAUGAGAACAGCGGAAAAAGAGCUGAAGAAAGAGUUUCCAAAGGGUAUUCCCACCUGUGGAGCCGACGCACUGCGCUUUACAUUGGCCUCGUACCUUCAGCAAGGCCGACAGAUCAACAUGGACGUGCAGCGUGUUGUGUCAUAUCGUCACUUUUGCAAUAAAAUGUGGAAUGCUGUACGGUACGCUCUACCUUUGUCAAACACAACUGACGAUGCAAAGGAUGCAAAAGCGUUCACGCCAACAACCCUGUCUCUUUUGCGUGAUGAUAUGAGUCUCGCAGAUCGUUGGAUCAUGAGUCGACUGGCUGCUGUAGUAUCCGAGGUAAAUGACGGAAUUGGAGCAAAUCAACUUGCAACAAGCGUUGCAGCUAUCCAGAGAUUUUUUGUGCAAGAACUAUGUGACGUCUACAUUGAGUUUAGCAAACCAGUGCUGUACGGCAACCGCCUCGAUGGAGACGCCAUGUCUGACCAAGAACAACAUAAACGAAAACGCAGUGCUCAAGCAACACUGCACCGAUGCCUCGACUACUCGAUGCGUCUACUGCACCCGUUCACACCAUUCGUUACGGAAGAGUUAUGGCAGCGUAUUCGGGAUGCUGAUCCUCUCAACUCAUCUUCAAGCAAACGGGAUGUGGAAACGUCUAUAUUGUGUUCAAAGUAUCCGGAAGAGUCUCACAUGCGUCUGUGGAUCGAUGCGGAUGCUGAAGAGCACAUGACGUUUGUCAUUCAUGUGAUCCAUGGAAUCCGCUCGCUAUGCCACACCGUCAAAGUGUUGGCCCCCAAUGCGUCUCCUCCUAGUGACAGUGAGCUUCCUACUGUUGGCAUCAUGUGCUUCAAUGCAAUAAUGCUCUCGAGGCUGAAAAAUGCACAGCGUGACAUUGAGUUACAAUGCCGCGUGAAUAUCGAAUAUGCUGACAAGAGCAAUGGUUCGUUUGCAACAUUACCGUCCUCCCACGUACUUACGUACUCUAUAACGGACUCAUGUCGAGUACUACUUCCUGUCCCCAAUGAUACGGAGACGACGCAGCGUGUGGCUACCGAAAUCUUGCGACUGGAGAAACGGUGUUUCAAGUGUACCACUGCUAUUGAAACGCUCAUGAAUCGUCAAAAAGGACCGCAUUAUGCUACAAAAGUACCAACAUCCGUCCAAACACAAGACGCACAACGCCUUGUACAGUUGCAAACGGAUUUGAGCGCAACACAAAAGAGUCUGGAAGCACUGCGUGAGCUCGAGCGACUUUACUAG